AUGCCACCACCGGCUUCUUCAGUGGAUUUUUCCAAUCUGCUGAACCCUCAGAACUCCGCUGAACAAGACUCCCCGGUUGCUCUUAACAACUCGGCCCCCUCCACCCCCACGGGCCAGCAAUCAGACUCUACCAUGGCCUCCUCCGUGAGCUUACUGCCGCCCCUGAUGAAGGGUGCUCGCCCCGCGACCGAAGAGGUGCGACAGGAUCUUCCGCGACCUUACAAGUGCCCUCUCUGUGACCGCGCCUUCCACCGUCUGGAGCACCAGACUAGACAUAUCCGUACCCAUACCGGUGAAAAGCCACAUGCUUGCCAGUUCCCGGGAUGCACCAAGCGCUUCAGUCGCUCUGAUGAACUCACCCGUCACUCGAGAAUUCACAACAACCCCAACUCGAGACGGAGUAACAAGGCUCAGCACCUGGCUGCUGCUGCGGCCGCUGCCGCUGGUCAAGAAAACGCGAUGGUCAACAACACGAGCUCCAUGAUGCCCCCUCCCAGCAAACCCAUCACCCGAUCUGCCCCUGUCUCGCAGGUCGGCUCCCCCGAUGUCUCUCCUCCUCACUCCUUCUCCAACUAUGCCAGCCACAUGCGUUCGAAUCUGGGACCGUACGCGCGCAAUAAUGACCGGGCUUCGUCGGGGAUGGAUAUCAACCUUCUUGCCACCGCCGCCUCUCAGGUAGAGCGCGACGAGCACUUCAACUUCAACGGCACUCCACGCGGUCACCAUGUUUUCAAUUCGCGUCACCAUGGCAGCAGAGGUCUCCCAUCGCUCUCCGCAUAUGCCAUCUCGCAAAACAUGAGUCGUUCGCAUUCGCACGACGAGGAAGACGCCUACUCGCAGCACCGAGUUAAGCGUUCAAGGCCCAACUCUCCUAACUCUACCGCUCCCUCUUCUCCUACUUUCUCCCACGACUCCCUCUCUCCUACUCCCGACCACACACCCCUGGCUACUCCUGCACACUCUCCGCGCUUGAGGCCCCUUGGCACAAGCGAAUUACAUCUGCCGUCGAUUCGCCAUCUGUCGCUUCACCACACCCCCGCCUUGGCCCCAAUGGAGCCGCAACCGGAAGGGCCCAGCUACUACAGCCCUGGCCAGGGUCACGUUGGUCCUAGCAUCACCGACAUCAUGUCGAGGCCGGACGGCACACAGCGGAAACUCCCUGUGCCUCAGAUUCCCAAAGUGGCAGUCCAGGACAUGUUGAAUCCCGCCAGCGGGUUCACCUCUGUCUCAUCGUCGACCAAUAAUUCCAUCGCCGGCGGUGAUUUGGCCGAGCGAUUCUAA